AUGUCGAUGAAAGCGUUAAAGCCCGAAGAGAUCAUUGCGGGUGUCAAUAAGAAAGUCGAGUUCCUCACAGACAGCCUUGCAAUCGAAAAGAAAGAGAAGGAAGCGCUUCAGGAAAAGCUUGCCGUGCUACAGAGUGAGCUCAAUGCCGCCCGACGCGAGCACGAGACGCUUCAGCAGCGCAUUGAUGAGGGCAAGAGCAGCGCGGCGACCAUCGAACAACAGAACGGGACACUCCGACAAGAGGUCGUCGAGGGACGAUGGGACACCGAUGCCGUCCAUCGGCACAACGAAGGCCUCCAGAUGGAGAUCAGCAUGCUGCAUGACCAAUUGAUGGACCUGCAGGCGCAGUCCCAUAACGCCUUCCUCCAGACGGAGCACGCGUGGGAGGAGGUCGCCGGCCGCGAUCGAUACAUCCACGGCAUGCACGGACACAUCGCCUAUAUCGAAAGCCAUUCGGCCGAGGGCAGGGCCGCAUCCCACGCCGCAUUCCAGAACAUGGAGGGCUUCUUCCAAACUCAACUCAACUCAGCGAGCUCAGAGUCACGCGAGCUUCGGGACAAUUUGGCCAAUCUCCGGCGCUUCGUCGACGAGAAGACGAGGGAUGACGAGUCGAGGCAGGACGCGCUCACCAAGCAGCUCGCCACAGCCCAGGCCAAUGUGCGCGUCGCCGAACACCGCCAAAAGACCCUGGAGUACAAACUCCUCAAGAGCGGCAAGGAGAUCAAAGCCAUCCAGCAGACGUCGGCCAGCCUGAUCGAGGCCCGCGACUCGCUCAACAAACAGCUGUUGAACGACUUGGACAAGAAUAAAAAGGCCCGGGCCAGCGCCAGCGCGAAGCACAAAAAGACUCAGGCCAAGGCCAAGCAGGUGGCCAAGGAGACGGCUCUAGCGACGGCCGCCGCCGAGGAGCUGAUGCGCAAGGAGAUCGCGCGCCUCGGGAAGAAGAUCAAAGAACAGGAGGCGAAGGUCCUGGCAGAGCAAAUGCACCAUGACAAACUCGAGAGUGACAUCAGCGCCGAACAGAAACGCCAGAAGGACUUCCAGGUGGCCCUAGCGGCGGCUGAGCGCGACGCCGCCCACCACAAGGAGCUCACCGAGAGCCUGCAGCGCCGGAUCAAGUCGAUGAAGACCCGCGGCAGCGGUCUCUCGCAGGCUAUUCGCGACCAGGAGGUCACCAUCCAACGGCUCCACGACCGCGCGAAGGAGCUGGAGGUCGAAGCGGCCAAGGAGCGCCGCCUCGCUGCCCUGCGUCAGGACGAGCUGGAUGCUCAGAGGGCUAUCAACGACCUCCAGGCCAAGGACAACGCCAUGCUGCGGGGGUACAGUCUCGCCAACACACACGCCAUGAUCGAGGAGCUCGGGCGCAACAAGUACUUCCUCUUCGUCCGCAUCCUCGAGGAAGUCUUCGGUCGCCUAGACAAUCUCGAGAGCGCGCCGGCUGCCAACCGCGCGGUUGACGGGAUUCGCGCGUUCCUGUAUAGCGCUCGCGAGCGGAUCCACGACUACAAGACCCUGGUGUGUGACGACAUGGAUGCCAUCAACAACCUAAUCAAUGAUAUCUGGAAGAUCACGCCCGCUAGAGCCGCCAAUAAGGACGACAUUGAGCAGGUGAUGCGCCUCUUCGACGGGGUACAGACUCUCAUGAUCGACGUGAGCUCUUUACUCAAAGGUGCGAAGGCCGAGAUCACCACCCGAGGACCCGGACUGGAGAGCAAGAACUGCCACAUGCUGCACUCCACGAACCCGACGAAACUUCUCACUGGAAGUGCUUCCCAGCAGCCAGUCCCAUGA